AUGGACACAGCGAUUCAGGGUCUGGAUCCAGCCUCAACUGCAGCUAACACAUCUUCCACAUCUGAGGCUCCUUCCACUGGAUCCCCCUUGCCUGCAGCGACCACAACACUUCCCACUCCAGUCCAUAUUCUUGAAGCAACCCUGCCAGUUCCAUUUGUGCCUGCACUGGAAAACAGCCAGUCAACAGAAUAUCAAGAUUUAGCAAAAACAGUCAUUGGAUUCUGUGAUAUCAUUUUCUACAGACGGUAUGGGCUUCUUUUUGAGCGGACAGAAGUGCGAUCAUUCAGUCGCAGAGAAGAAGGGACAGCUGUAGAGGUGGCGCUGAUUUUCAACGGGACCAGUUCAGAAACAUUGCCCAGCACGGACGAUGUCGCGGAGACCUUAAUAAGAGCAGUGACGGACCCCGAUUCCACGUUAACAACUCAGUUCAAUGUUACUGUGGUGGUUGACUCCAUCCGCGUGCUAACUACCACAACACUUCCCACUCCAGUCCUAAAUCUUCAAGCGACCCUGGAAAUUCCAUUCGUGCCUGAACUGGAAAACAGCCAGUCAACAGAAUAUCAAGUUUUAGCAACAGCAGUCGUUGGAUUUUAUGAUGUCAUUUUCAGAAUCCGGUAUGGGAUUCUUUUUGAGCGGACAGAAGUGCGAUCAUUCAGUCGCAGAGAAGAAGGGACAGCUGUAGAGGUGGCGCUGAUUUUCAACAGGACCAGUUCAGAAACAUUGCCCAGCACGGACAAUGUCGCGGAGACCUUGAUAAGAGCAGUGACGGACCCCGAUUCCACGUUAACAACUCGGUUCAAUGUUACUCUGAUAGUUGACUCCAUCCGCGUGCUAACUCCCACAUCUACCACUCCUGAGGUUCCUGCCACUGGAUCCCCCUUGCCUGCAGCUACCACAAUAGCUCCAGUCAUUGCAACUCCCACAGCCUUCACUUCCAUUGCAACAAGCGGAGUCAGCAACUCUGCUGGAAGUGCAACCACUAUUCCUGAUUCCAUCAGUGUGAUAAAUCCCACAAAAUCUACCACUUCUGAGGCUCCUUCCAAUGGAUCCACCGUGCCUGCAGCUAACACAAUAGCUCCAGUCAUUGCAACUCCCACAGCCUUCACUUCCAUUGCAACAGGCGGAAUCAGCAACUCUGCUGGAAAUGCAACCACUAUUGCUGAUUCCAUCAGUGUGAUAAAUCCCACAACAUCUACCACUUCUGAGGCUCCUUCCAAUGGAUCCACCGUGCCUGCAGCUAACACAAUAGCUCCAGUCAUUGCAACUCCCACAGCCUUCACUUCCAUUGCAACAGGCGGAAUCAGCAACUCUGCUGGAAAUGCAACCACUAUUGCUGAUUCCAUCAGUGUGAUAAAUCCCACAAAAUCUACCACUUCUGAGGCUCCUUCCAAUGGAUCCACCGUGCCUGCAGCUAACACAAUAGCUCCAGUCAUUGCAACUCCCACAGCCUUCACUUCCAUUGCAACAGGCGGAAUCAGCAACUCUGCUGGAAAUGCAACCACUAUUGCUGAUUCCAUCAGUGUGAUAAAUCCCACAACAUCUACCACUUCUGAUGCUCCUGCCACUGGAUCCACUGUGCCUGCAGCUAACACAAUAGCUCCAGUCAUUGCAACUCCCACAGCCUUCACUUCCAUUGCAACAGGCGGAAUCAGCAACUCUGCUGGAAAUGCAACCACUAUUGCUGAUUCCAUCAGUGUGAUAAAUCCCACAACAUCUACCACUUCAAAGGCUCCUGCCACUGGAUCCACCGUGCCUGCAGCUACCACAACCACUACUCGCACUAGAACUACCACACACUUCACUACCACUAAAACAAGCAGAGGUAGUAACUCUGCUGUGAACACCACCACCAUUACAGCUACAAAUCGUCCUGCUCCCAUUUCAGUUUUAGUUCUGGAAGUGACCCUGGUAUUUCCAUUCGAGCCUGCACUGGAAGACAACCAGUCACCCCAAUUUAAGGCUUUAUCAGCCCAAAUUGUUGCUUUGUGUGAUGCAGUUUACAGAGGAAGAUAUGGGCUUUUUUUCAUCAGAACUGUUGUCAGAGCAUUCAGGCCUCUUCGGGUCAGGAUGUUAGGAACAGAUGUGGAGGCAGACCUGAUUUUCAACACCACCAUGUCUGAAGCACUACCCAGCACUGAGGAUGUGAAGAAAACCUUGCAAAGUGCAGUGACCAACCCAAAUUCAACUAUAACGAGUGAAUUCAAUAUUACUGUAGUUGCCGAGUCCAUACGGGUGAUGAGUGUGAACACGUCUACAACACCCUCAACAAAACUGACAACAGCGAGUGUGGCCAAUGCUUCUACAACAACCAAAGUAAAACUGACAACAGCAAAAGCCACCACCAGAGCAACCACCACACCGUCCAGCGCCAAACCUGCGACUGCAGCACCCACCUCAGCCAGCACUGCUACCCCAAGUGCAAUUGUCCAGAUAGAGUUUACUUCAAGAGAAACAUUUGUGCCUGAUCUCUUAAAUCAAAAUUCAAAAGCUUUUCAAGCCAGAUCAAAACUCACCAAAGAACAGAUUGAACCGAUUUUCAGACGUGCAUUCAGUUCCUUCAUCCAAUUGAAUAUACGAAGUUUCAGGGAAGGAUCAAUUGUCACAAAUGCAGAUAUGACCUUCAAAUCUUCAGAAUCACUACCCAGCAAUGACCAAAUUCUCAGCACCCUCAGAAAUGCCAUCUUGAAUUCACAAAUCUCUUUUGACAUUGAUCCCGACUCCAUUAAACUGACAUCUGCGAUCCCCAGUGGAGUCUCCGAUAUGACCAGCGUGCUCACAGCCUCCUCUCUGGCCAUGGUGUCACUGCUGCUCUCCCACUGUUGGUAGACUCAACUGCAGACUACUCGCUGAGACGCUGCCGAACAUCACCAUUGGAAAAUAGACAUUAAAUGGAUAUAUGUACUGUAGUACAAUACCAUGCAAAUAGAUCAUAAAAAUGGGGUCAUGAUGCAUACACAUCAUUUUGAUCAAAAUUGUAUUGAUUAUACACAAAUAUACAAGGGGGUUUACCUGGUUUGUUAGAAAAAUAAUUAUUAAUAUUGCUAUUUUGUUGAUUUUACUGUUACUUGUAAUGUGAUAAUUACAUCCUGUGUAGUAUGUAUUCCAAUCAUCCACCCUUGCAGAAAAGUAUGAUUACACGCACACAUAGAUAAAUGCACAUGCACACAUACAACCUACACACAGACACAUGCGCACACACACAAACACAUACAAACACACACGCAUGCACACACAAACACACAUACUUGAUACUGUUCUGUUGUUUUUUUGUUGUUUUGUUUUUUUAAUUAAAUAAAAGAAAUCAGAGCUGAAUCAAAUAUAUGCUCCUCCCAAAAUUUCUAAAGAUGCUACAUAAUUAAAGAGGAAGGAGGAGGGAAACGAAUGCUUGCUUAUACAAUCUAAAUAAAAUACAAUGAAAUAA